UUCAUCAUGUGCUGGUGUUUUCUGGUAUGAUGUAAUCGCCAGAAAGACUUGAUUAGAAUAAUUUCCGGUUUCCUUGCCUGGUAAUUGAUUGUGCAAUAUCUUUUUCGGUGAAUUUCUGAUGACGAAUGAAGUAGUGACAGUCUAAAUUGUACCAGUCAACGAUUUUAUGACAUUGCAGGUUCUCUAAGAGUGAAAAUCUCUAUCAUGAGGAAGCAGCUUGUGGUCGUGCUUUCCAUAUGUUUCAUUAUCAUUGUUACACUAGUCUUGUUUCACACCAACCAGUACAACGCCAUGAAAAACACAGUGCUCCAAUAUCCCCCGAUUAGUGCCAUACGGGAUUACCUCAACCAUCAGAAUAAAACAGCGGAAUUUCUGGACUCAAUAAAGGGUACAAACAGAAGCAUCACAGUUGUCACAGCAUAUUUCAAUAUAGGACGUUUUCCUAAAGGAAAUCCAAGUCAAGUAAGGACAUCUGAGACCUACAACACGUGGAUGAAGACGUUUCAGUAUCUGAAAAAUCCCGUUGUGUUCUACACAGAUGAUAAGGCCUAUGCAGAUUUCUUUGUAGCACUCCGAAAAAACUCCUCUCUGCUUACAGAAGUAAUACAUAUUAAUCGAUCACAGUUAUGGGCUUUUAAAAUAAUUCCUAAAAUCAAGAAAAUAUACUCAACUCCUGGAUAUCCGCGCCACUACCCGAACACGAUUAGCCCGGAAUAUACAAGUUUAACCCAUUCUAAACAGCAGGUACUUGCCGAUACUGUGAAUAGACAUCCGUUCGAUACAGAAUUCUACUGCUGGCUGGAUGCGGGGUAUUUUAGGGACAAUGUUUACCGUGAGAGGAAAUUUUGGAUGGAGGUUCCAGAUGACUUCAAUAAAUCUCGCAUUGGUGUGACUCGCGUUUUCUACGCGGAUUUAGAAAAUGUAAAUGCGAGAAAUAUUAUAUUAAUGAAUAUAAAUUGGAUUGGCGGUGGACUCUUCCUGGGUAAACCAGAAGUAAUUCUAAAGUUUCACGAUCAAUAUAAAAAGGCUGUGAUGCGAUAUUUAAGUCAAGGAAUCAUGAAUGUAGAGCAGCAUAUUCUAUACGCCAUGUACACGAAAUCAGAGAGGAAAAAGUAUCCGAUAGAUGUGGAAGUACAGUUAUAUAAACCUGGACAGAAGCGAGUCAGGAACAGUAACCCGUGGUUUUAUCUGGGUUAUUUGAUGUAUAGGGAGGAUCCAAAAUAACUGAUAAUAUUGAUAUUUGUAUAAACUUGAAUUUGUCUUUCAGGACCAAGGUCUCUUUCAUGUAUUACCUGCAGUAUUGUCUUAUAGAUGGAUAUUUUAUGAAAAUACCUGCAUAUUUUGUUUGCUUAUUUCAUCUUCAGAACUGUUUGAUGCAAUGUCCAAUAUAUGGUAAGGUCAUAACUUCGUCAUGCUUCUGAACUUGAUAUAGCUUAAUAUUUUGUGAAGAUAUGUACAUGUAAGUAUAGCAUAGUGUUUAGUACUAAUUGCAGUGUAUCUUCCGCUUUUAUGCGCGUUGUAUCUUGACUGAAAUAUCGUAAAAAUUAAAGCCGCCUGUCUUCCAGCAGGCCUGUCUGUCAACAAAUCUGUCCUACUUAUCCAUUCAUCAUACAUCUAACUUCUACAAAGAUGAUGGAACACAUGUAUACGUAAGAAAUACAUUUUAUUUGCGAAAAUGAUUGAGGGUAUGAACUGCGACGCUUCACGCCGGGAUACUCAAUGACGCGCAUUAGCGCUUAUGAAGGAUAUGCUUGCUGGAAGUGUUGCAGUUCAUACCCUCAUGUAUUUUUAAAAUGAAAUUUAUUUCUUAUAUUCACAUUCUACCUUCAUUUCUGUCGAAAUUUCCAGUCAUUCAAAUUGACGCACUCUAUCUACAAUGUACAUGUAUAAAGUAGUAAACUGUUCUGUAUUCAUGCGCGUGUAGUUUACAACUGCGUCGCGUUCAUGGGGAAAUGCAUAUCACUUCAAUUUGUAGAUAUCAAAGGUAAAAACAUUGGAAAUGUAAAUAUUGGUACAUGUAGUUAAAUUUGAUUAAAGUAAUAGAAGGUUAUUUCAAAAAGAUUAAAAGAAGAAAAAACCUCAACCAAACA